AUGGCUGCCGAACCAGCCGCUGCGACGGCGACGACCAUGACGACGACGACAGCAACAACGACAACGACGGGAGAGAAGCCGUCGGUCUUGAUAAUAGGAGGGUUGGGCUACACCGGUCGAUACCUCACAAAGUACCUGCACGACAACAACCUCGCCUCGGAAAUCCGCAUCGUCGACAAACAGUUGCCAGAGCUCUCAUGGCUCGCUCCAGAAUUCAAGGAGGCAUGUUCAAGAGAGCGCUUCAUACAAGCAGACGCCGCGCAAGAAAGAUCCCUCCCUCGCAUAUUCGACCGUGAAAACGGCAAAGAGUUCGACUACGUCUUCAACUGCGGCGGCGAGACCCGCUUCUCGCAAGAGGAAAAAGUCUAUGAACUCCGCUCCCACGGCCUCUCCCUCGCAAUCGGCCGCGAAUCCGUCAAACGCAAGAUCAAAUGCUUCGUCGAGCUCUCCUCCGGCAUGGUCUAUAAACCCGAUCAAAUCCCUCGUAAAGAAACCGACAAGCUGAAACCGUGGAACAACAAGGCCAAGUGGAAGCUCAAGGCCGAGGAAGACUUGGCCAAGAUGGAAGGGCUUAAUCUGCUGAUAUUCAGAUUGCCAAAUGUAUACGGUCCCUAUACCAAGACCUUCUUGUCCACCAUGUUGUGCAUGGCGCGCGUCUAUCAGAGCAAGGGCAAGGAAUUGCGUUAUUUGUGGAAAGAGGAUCUAAGGACGAAUACGGUGCAUAUUGAAGAUGUGGUGAGAGCACUGUGGCAUGGUGCAAACUGGUACACCAAGGGUCCUCAGGCGAGGAGACCGGCGCCAACGUUCAAUCUAGUAGAUCAUGGAAACACUUCGCAGAGACACACAUCCAUCAUCAUGCAAGAAAUUUUCGGCAUUGGGACCGGCUUCCACGGCACGCUCAUCUCGGCCUUUGCACGGCUUAAUCUCGAUCACGUCGUGGAUGAGGUCAAUGACGAGACACUAGAUCCCUGGGCAGAAUUACAGCAAAAAGCUGGCAUUCAGCAAUCGACACCGCUAAGCCCGUUUAUGGAGAAGGAAUUACUGCGAGACAUGGAUCUGAGUUUGGAUGGCAGUGAAUUUGAAAAGCAGACGGGAUUCAAAUACAAGCACGAGAAAUUGACCAAAGAAGGCGUUGAGGAGGUCAUUGAGAGCUACAAGAGGAUGAAUUGGUGGCCGUGA